AUGGCAACAAAAGGAAAAGAUAGAGCAGCGAUGUUCACGGCAACGGAACAGCGUUUGCUAUUGGAAACAUAUGAAGAAUUUAAAGAUGUCAUCACCAAAAAAGGCAAUACAGCGGCAAUAAAUAAAGCAAGAGAGAAAGGUUGGCAGGAAAUUGCUGAUCGUCUCAAUGCCAGCAACUUAAAUGAAGGAAAAAGAACCUGGCAGCAGGUGAAAAUAAAAUAUAAAAAUAUAGUUCAGAAUGCGACCAAAAAGAAGACUGAGGUUGCUGGCACUGGGGGAGGGCCACCACCAGCCAGCUUCACUCCUGCAGAGGAGCUGGCUUUGGAAAUUAAUAAAGGGAGGCCCGUCCUUGAGGGAAUAGAGGGGGGGACAUCAUCUAAAAUGAUAUCACCUAGUAUAAGGAGUGAGUAUAUAAAAGUGACAAAAGAUUCUGUAUGCUUUAUGGAUCCACCAGACAUCAUGUUGCCUGAUGCUGACUCUGUUCUAGAGCCCUCUCAGUCUGGGACCACAUGUGAAAAAAACCCAGAAAACAUAAAAGGAGUGUAUAAACGCUACCUCCUUAAACAAAUGGAAGCGACUGAUAUCGACAUCCAGUAUAAAAAACUGAAGAUGAGGUAG